GACACAGAAAGAAACGUCAUUUUAGAAAGUGAAUUAACUGGAUUCCACGUCAUUUUUCCAAAAUAAAUUCUUCAAAAAGUUUUUUUCAGUGAUAAAACAAACCAAAAUUAUCUCCAAUUUGUGUUAUUCAGUCAAUUUACAAUCAAUGCAUUACGACCAAUAAAUUCUCACGAGGCAAUAUUGAAUUAUUGUUGAACUAAGACAAAACAUCGUUUCCAAAGUUUCGAUAACCAUUCGAAUGUUUUGAUUAUGAGAUGCAAUCUAGAGCUAGACGUCGCUUUGGUCCAGUGGAAACAAACGAUUCGUUCUGUGGAGUAGCAAUAGGGGACACGGACAAUAGUACUGAUCAAAAGAUCGUAGAGGAAUAUCAAGAAAAAUCCAAGUAUCCUGUAGCUAGCUGGCUGCCUUCUAUUCCGCAGAAGUUCAUUUCAAGUGUAAUCAGUCCUAGAACUACUGAAAAUUUUUCUGGAAAAAGUAACAAACAAACUACUCCUAUUGCUACUGGAAGGGAGUCCUUUUUUAUUGAGGAAGAAGAUAAAGAGAACGAACCGGAAUUCAUCAUGACAGCAAGAGAUCGUUCGUCCGAGUUCGCAAAUGCGAUAAGAUCGCUACAAGGACGUAAUAUACAACGAGCAGUUAAUGUAAGGGACCCCAGGAACGCGAAGCAACUUCAAAGCUAUUCUGAGUUUAUGAUGAUUGCCAAGCAUAUAGGAAAGAACAUUGCCAGUACUUACACCAAACUUGAGAAGCUAACAUUGCUGGCAAAACGGAAGACUUUAUUUGAUGAUCGACCAGCAGAGAUUCAAGAACUUACCUACAUUAUCAAAGGCGAUCUGAAUUCAUUGAACCAACAAAUCGCGCGUUUACAGGAUGUUUCCAAGUCGCAACGAAAAUCGACAACCGGAAAGCAUCUUCUAUCACAUUCCUCUAAUAUGGUAGUUGCAUUACAAGCCAAACUAGCAAAUAUGAGCUCCGAUUUCAAGCAGGUCCUGGAGGUGCGCACGGAAAAUCUUAAACAACAAAAAAAUCGUCGUGAUCAGUUCAGUCAAGGUCCCAUUUCCAGCAGUCUUCCGCCGUCAGCCAUGCGUGGAUCUACCCAAGGUAGUCUUCUUUUGCAAGAACACCAAGAUCAAAUUAGUAUUGACAUGAACACUUCCGGGGGCUCGGAACGAGUACCACUUCUGCAACAGCAGCAGAUGGUACUGUACGAUGAAUCCGAUAGCUAUGUACAAGAACGUGCGGAAACCAUGCAGAAUAUUGAAAGCACGAUUGUUGAACUUGGUGGUAUAUUUCAACAACUGGCACAUAUGGUUAAAGAACAGGAGGAAAUGGUUGAACGUAUCGACACCAAUUUACAGGACGUCGAAUUAAACGUUGAAGCGGCGCAUAGCGAAAUUCUGAAAUACUUCCAAUCGGUGACAAAAAACCGUUGGUUAAUGAUAAAGAUUUUUGGUAUUUUAAUAAUGUUCUUUAUCUUCUUUGUUAUAUUUUUGGCGUGAAUUGGCUUGUGAUGAAUAUUAGUUGAUACUUUGUAAUGUAUACUUGAAGUAACGAUACGGUGGACAUGUUAGUAAAUUGUCACGUUAAUGUAAAUAUUCUAAUCGAUUUAUAAAAAAAGCUUAUGAAAACAA